UAAAAACAGUUUUGUAGUUAGUCACGUAAUCAAACUCCAACCAAAUAUAUAUAAUGUGACACAUUCACACAUUUUUAUAAAUAUACACUUAAACCAAACUCAAACCAAAGCUAGCUAAAUAUUUAACUGGGGUUGCAUUGCUACCUAAGAUUUGAGGUCGAAUCUCGUCUAUAGUGCAUUAUUAUGGCACCACCUUCGAGUACGACAGCAACUGCGGCGGAAGAGCAGCAGUUGUUGUCGACGGAGAUAGUGAACCGAGGGACGGAUACGUUUUCGGUACGUGUAAGGCGAAGGUUGCCGUUGCCGGAUUUUGUGAACUCGGUGAAUUUGAAGUAUGUGAAGUUGGGGUAUCAUUAUCUUAUAAAUCAUGCAAUAUAUUUGGCAACAAUACCAGUUUUGGUGUUGGUGUUUAGUGCAGAAGUUGGUAGUUUAAGUAGAGAAGAGUUGUGGAAGAAAUUGUGGGAUUAUGAUCUUGCUACUGUUCUUGCUUCUUUUGGGGUGUUUGUUUUUACUCUUUCAGUUUACUUCAUGUCUCGGCCUCGUCCUAUCUACCUUCUUGACUUCGCUUGUUACAAGCCUAGUGAUGAUUUCAAGGUGAGCAAGGAAGAGUUCAUAGAGAUGUCUCGUCAAUCAGGCAAGUUUGAUGAAGAGAACUUGCAAUUCAAGAGAAGGAUCUUAGAGUCUUCAGGAAUCGGAGACGAAACGUAUGUACCAAAAUCCAUAGCAGCAAAGCACAGCAUAACAACCAUGAAAGAAGGUCGAGAGGAAGCGUCGACAGUCAUAUUUGGAGCCCUCGAUGAGCUCUUCGAAAAGACUCGAAUUCGUCCUAAGGAUGUUGGUGUGUUAGUAGUGAACUGCAGCAUCUUUAACCCCACACCCUCGCUCUCGGCCAUGAUCAUAAACCAUUACAAGAUGAGGGGCAAUGUCUUGAGCUAUAACCUCGGUGGAAUGGGGUGUAGCGCGAGUAUUAUUGCUGUCGACUUGGCUCGAGACAUGCUUCAGGCUAACCCCAACAGCUUCGCGGUUGUGGUUAGUACUGAAAUGGUUGGGUUUAACUGGUACCCGGGUAAUGACAGAUCUAUGCUUAUUCCAAACUGCUUCUUUCGUAUGGGUUGCUCUGCUGUCUUGCUUUCUAACCGUCGUCGUGAUUUCCCUCGUGCCAAAUACCGCCUUGAGCAUGUUGUUCGUACCCACAAGGGUGCUGAUGACCGCAGCUUCAGGAGUGUGUAUCAAGAAGAAGAUGAAAGAGGAUUUAAAGGCCUAAAGGUGAGCCGCGAGCUGAUGGAGAUAGGCGGCGAUGCACUCAAGACCAACAUAACCACUCUAGGACCACUGGUGCUACCUGUAUCAGAACAACUCCUGUUCUUCAGCACUCUAGUUAAGCGCUACUUAUUCGGCGGAAGCCCAAAGGAUACCCAAAUUAACAACAAUAGGAUCAGUGCAAGUACUGGUAAUAAUAUAUCAUCAUCAUCUUCAGGUUCAAAGCCUUACAUACCAGACUUCAAGCUAGCAUUCGAGCACUUCUGCGUGCACGCUGCAAGCAAGAACGUGCUAGACGAGCUGCAGCGUAACUUAGAGCUGAGUGACACCAACAUGGAGCCCUCGCGUAUGACUCUGCACCGAUUUGGAAACACAUCUAGCAGCAGCAUAUGGUAUGAGUUGGCCUACUUGGAAGCCAAGGGGAAUAUUCAUUCAGGGGAUCGAGUUUGGCAGCUCGCUUUUGGGUCAGGUUUCAAGUGCAACAGUGCUGUUUGGAAGGCUGUCAGACGCAUCAGGAAGCCGAGUUCCAGGAAUCCAUGGCUUUCCUGCAUUGACAGAUACCCUGUAGCCCUUUAAGUAUACAGGAUAAUUAAAUUAAUGAUGCAUAAUGCCUGUUCUGUUUUAUUGCCUUCCUGUAUCGUAAACUUCCUAUUUAUAUUACUAGAUCAAACCAUUAACAUUUGGUUAUGUAUUUUACAAGCAUAUGUACUAGUACUUUUUUUUUAGCGCAACUUAAUUCCUAAUUCCAUUGUAGGAUGCUUAAUUGUAUACUAAGUACUAUUGAGCUUUUGAGCUGUUGUUAAUUUUUAUCUUGUAGUAGUAAUAAACCUUAUUUCUGCAGCCAAAAAAAAAAAAGCUGAUUCUGAAAUUC